GCGCUAUUAGACAAAAAAGGUACAAGGACCCCUGGGGCGGCUACACGCAAGCUGCGGCCAAAAAGUUUUGUACCUUUUUUUGGGUAGUCGUCAGCCCGUGCCAGCGCUUUGCCUCCCAAGGAAUCCACUGCCGCAGCGCCCGGAGAAGGGGGACCCUCUCUGUCUGCUCCUCUUUGUUUCGCCUCUCUUUUGCUCUCCUUCAUUCCUCACACACCUCAAACCAACCACCUUUGUUUCUCGUCCCAGAUUUAUUUCGCACAAAAAGGACAGCUCGCCGCUCCAACCACGACAUCUUUACCAUCUACACUUUCACUCAACCACUCGAUACCCUUCACACCAUCCAAAAUGCCUGAGCAAGACGCCCCUUACGACCCUUACAUCCCCUCGGGCGGCGCUUCCGCUCCUGCUACUAGUCAGCAAGCUGGCGGCAAUGCCAGAACACAGGCCCUCCAGGCUCAAAUCGACGAUACUGUCGGUGUCAUGCGCGACAACAUCAACAAGGUCUCUCAGCGUGGUGAACGCUUGGACGCUCUCCAGGACAAGACCGACAACCUUGCCCAGUCUGCCCAGGGUUUCCGCCGUGGCGCCAACAGAGUACGAAAGCAAAUGUGGUGGAAGGACAUGAAGAUGCGCGUCUGCAUCGUCAUUGGUGUCAUCGUCUUGCUGUUGAUCAUCAUCCUCCCCGCCGUCCUCACCACCAAGCACUAAACAACCACGAUACCUCUCGUCCCAAGAUAGCUCUUGGAGCGUGUAUAUAGGUCUUGCAAAACCGUCAUGAAAGAAGAAAACGGUCGAGACCUGUGGAGGCAUAAUUUGCUUGCCUCCGCAUUAUGAUGUAACUUUUUGUUUCUUGAUUCCAUGGCAGCGGAGUUGUUGGUUUUUCUCUCACACAAACGUCGUCCAUUAGGCCAUUGUUACAUGGCACAGGUAGACGAGAAAAGAAAAGAGCAACGACUGCGCUACAACGAAGAAGACGGAGGAGGAUACAACUGCAGAACCAGCUGCUGCAUGUACGACUGGGAACUAGGCGUUUGUUUACUCCGCAGAAUUGCGACUAAUUUAUAUAUAUUUGCCUGGACUUUGCUUGUUUUCAUCAAAUUCUAAACGUGACUGUACCAAAAAGCGUCGCAGGUUGAAGCUGGGGUAUUUGGUUGUGAAAGAACAUCUGCAGAGGAUGGGUUUAAUCUCGACCGGGUUGCCGCUGGUAUAUGUGCGUGUUGCAAGACUGCCGAGCAAGAAAUGCGGCAACUGACAUUGGCGGGGCAGCAGCGGUGAAAAUUCGAAUCCUAUAUAGGUCUGAUAUUACGUCGUGAUACUCGUCGGAUCCCAGUGGGACUUCAAUCCUGUAUUAAAUGAACGUAGUUCUUGGCCGGUUAAAAUCGUUUCUGUGAGUCAUUGUUCUGUAGAGAAUACCCUCCUUUGGAUAAAAGCCCUCAUUGUAGACUGGGGCAACUGAGUCGGUAUAGAACGCCGAGCUGCCAGUUUUGGUGAUGAUGCGGGUCGCCAGUUUCUUAUCAGAUCAAAACCUAGUGGGGACACCAAGGCCUAGAUGAAUGGAUGAAGCGGCUUUAAUGGCAUCAAAGAUGAGAAAAAUUGGAUCUCGGACACAGCCAGCGGAUCACUUGCAUCUUUUUCAUGUGUUUGGCCACUACCGAGGGGCGCAGCUGAGCGUAAUGGAUGCGAGGUAACGACAGUUUGUUGUUGAGGUGGGAAAAGGCCCAACACGCAUAUUCUUUACGUAUAGCAAUAUUGACUCGGGUCUCGUUUAACGGGCCACAGUAUGCCGCAGGUGGGCAGUGCAUGGACCUUUGAACUGGGCGAUGCAAUGUCACGUAUGAUGUGAUUUCACGACCAUGUAUUUCACUCAUAGCAAGCCGUUACUAAAUAAACUUUGAUCGAGGCACGAGGCUCUUACAAUAUGUGCCAUGCGAGCUGUCGAUCAUGGCUCAGGCUGGCGCACGCCGCGGCCGCCGUCCAACAAGUUAAUCGAUGGUAGGAUCACGGGGAGACGUAGAUGCCGAAAUAUGCGAGGAUGGGUUGCAUCUAAACGGCGCAAAAACAAGCUUUUUAUGCCGGUGGAUGUCUGGUGGUAUGACGUCGAUGCCUGUGGCUUCGUCCAGAAAGGAGCAGCUGCAGAACGAUAGCUCAGACUGAGCCAUAUAUCGCUUCUGUGCAUAUGCAUUGCUUGCUUUACUACAAGCGGCAACGCGGCACAACGGCGAAGUCUCUCGCCUACAGUAAGUAUGCGUGGUUUUCUGGGCGACGGAAAGAUGCUUGCUGCAGCGAGUCACCACGGACGAGAACUGGGGCAAGCCUCCCUACAUGGCGGCAUUAUUUUCUUAGUGCUUUUUUUUGUGCCAGGACCGGCGGUGGGUUGACUUUAUCCGCUGGGGACGGCGGGUUUGAUGAACAUGAAAAUGAAAGAGAGAGUAAGAAAAGAGUGAGAGACUGAUAAAUAUGGUGAUGCUAGAUGCAAUUGAGGCAGAUUUACCCCGUG